UCCUCAUUUCCAAACCCCUAGAGAAAAAACCCUCGAAUGUGAAGUCCUUAAACCCUAGCUCCCUCCACAUUUUCUACGGGCUUCCACCAGUACUAGCAAACCCUAGUACCUCCAUCACCUUCAUCCGCAGCCAUGACUGACGUCGAGCUUUCCCGUUCCGAGAAGAAAAAGAAGAAGAAGAGCAGCUCUAAAGAAGAAGUGGAUGCUCAAGCAGUCAGCGCAGAUACGACCCAGGCUGAGGGAGACUAUCUCAUUAAGCCCCAGAACUUCACUCCUUCCAUCGAUACUUCCCAAUGGCCAAUUCUUCUGAAGAAUUACGAUCGCCUCAAUGUUCGGACCGGACAUUACACUCCUCUUCCCUCCGGCUACUCCCCUCUCAAGCGGCCACUCGCGGAGUAUAUCAGGUACGGUGUUCUCAAUCUAGAUAAGCCCUCAAAUCCCUCUUCCCAUGAAGUCGUGGCUUGGAUUAAGAGAAUCCUUCGGGUCGAGAAGACGGGUCAUAGUGGAACCCUUGACCCGAAAGUGACAGGGAACUUGAUUGUCUGUAUUGAUCGAGCUACCCGGCUUGUGAAAUCCCAGCAGGGUGCAGGGAAGGAAUACGUCUGUAUCGCCCGAUUGCACUCAGCCGUUCCUGAUGUUGCUAAAGUGGCUAGGGCCUUAGAAACUCUAACCGGCGCCGUUUUCCAGCGGCCCCCACUAAUCUCCGCCGUCAAAAGACAACUUAGGAUUAGAACCAUUUACGAGAGCAAGCUAUUGGAGUAUGACGCUGAUAAGCACCUGGUCGUAUUCUGGAUCUCUUGCGAGGCAGGGACAUACGUGAGAACCAUGUGCGUCCACCUUGGGUUGCUGUUGGGUGUGGGAGCACACAUGCAGGAAUUGAGAAGGGUCCGGUCUGGGAUUUCUGGUGAGAAGGAUAACAUGGUGACGAUGCAUGAUGUUAUGGAUGCGCAGUGGGUUUAUGAUAACUAUCGUGAUGAGAGUUACUUGAGAAGGGUGAUUAUGCCACUGGAAGUAAUCCUCACUAGUUACAAGAGAUUAGUAGUGAAGGACUCUGCUGUCAAUGCUAUCUGUUAUGGUGCAAAGCUUAUGAUUCCUGGCCUGUUAAGGUUUGAGAAUGAUAUAGAAGCAGGGGAGGAGGUUGUGCUGAUGACUACAAAGGGAGAAGCCAUAGCUUUAGGGAUAGCUGAAAUGACAACUGCUGUCAUGGCCACUUGUGAUCAUGGUGUGGUUGCUAAGAUUAAGAGGGUGGUGAUGGAUAGAGACACCUACCCUAGGAAAUGGGGGUUAGGACCUAGGGCUUGCAUGAAGAAGAAACUCAUCUCAGAGGGGAAGUUGGGUAAGCACGGGAAACCAAAUGAGAACACCCCGGCUGAGUGGAUGAGGAAUGUCAUCCUGCCCACUGGAGGGGACUCCUUGAUUGCCGGGCUAGCUGCUGCCCCGGCUGAUCCAGCUGAUCCAGCAACGGCAGUGGACAGUAUUGUGGUUGCUGAGGUUGAGGGCAAGAAGAAAAAGAAAAAAGGAAAGGGUGAUGAGGUCAAGGUGGAGGAUGAGGGAAAUAAGCGUAAAUUGGAUGAGAUUGACAUCGGCAGCCCUGCAUCACAUGGGGCUGCUAAGAAGGCAAAGGUUGUCAAAGAAGAGGAAGAGGAAGGAGCAAAGGAAGUCAAGAGUGAGAAGAAAGAGAAGAAAAAGAAGAAGAGCAAGGAAGUUGAUGAGGCUGAGGAGGCAGAUGAUGGGAAGAAGUCAGUGAAGGAUAAAAUCAAAGAAGAAGUGGCAUCACCAGAUAUGGAGAAGUCAGAGAAAAAGAAGAAAAAGAAAGAGAAGAAAGACAAAGAUGCAGAAAAUGGGAAGCCUGCUGAAGCUGGAAGUGACGAAGAAGAAGCAGAUAGAAGUGAGAAGAAGAAAGAGAAGAAGAAAAAGAAGAAUAAAGAUGUGGAAUAGAUACUCAGCAAAAUCCGCAUCUGUAUGUUGUCAACUUCUGCAUUUUUUUUUGAGUUUCUGUCUUAUGUUUGUUGAAUGUGUAAGGCAGCACUGUUUUUAAAAUUGGCCAGCUUAGUUCCUUCAUCAUUAUAAUGCUAUGUGUUUUAUUUACAUCUCUUAUGAGACUUGUGUACUUUCACUUAUAGAAGGAUGCUCUGCUUGCGAUUUUGAAAGGGAAGGUUUAAUUCUAAGACUCUUUCUUAAAGGUUUAUCCCGUAGAUUGAAUAUCAUAUUGCUGAUUAAACAUCAAUAAAACUAAG